GCUACUGAUUGCGUGAUCACAACUACCGAAUGGAAGCCCUUAGUUGAGUAUUUUAAAAGACAUGUUUUCUUGCUUAUCGAACGGCCAUCCAACAUACCGUAACUUUCUCCCCCAAGUAUUGACAGUGAGUUAGCGUAUCCUUCAUUCCGAGUUCUGACCAUGAACACGCAAUAUUCUCAGCCGCCAUGCCCAAAAUUCCUCCUUGGAAGCAGCGUUUGCACGAGUUGCAUCUCAAUCCUCCUCAUUAUGAGGCAUCAUGGUACGGGCCACUCGAUAAACUCGCCAAUCAUGUUUUUGCGGUAGAUUGCUUCAUGGUCAAGCCGCAGCCGAAAAUCAGGCGCAGUGCUCCUCCCAAUGACGCAAAUAACGGACAGCCGUUUGAAGAUGAAGGAUUGUCUAUAGACUCCAUGGGUACACCAGUGAUCCCUGACACCUACUUCGAACCGGACUUCAUUAUCGUUCAUGUGAAGAAGAAAGGAGGGUCAUAUCAAUCAGCGGGCGUCCAGUUGCAUGAAUACAUCGAGGUUUUGGCUUCGAAGGAUCCCCAUGAUGACUUUGUGGGUAUCCUUGUGCUUGGCGGGAAAUUCUAUUGUUUCAGUGUUCAUGGGAGGCGAGCACCGACUCCAGGUGGAGACGGUUGGGAGACGGCAGAUAAUUUAGAAGGUGUUUUUGAGAAAGUAGCCAAAGGUGUGUUAGGAGGGAAAGGAAAACAAACGGACCACCGUCGACUUGGGAUCUUCUCUGCGCCUUCGAACUAA